AUGAAAGAGAUUGACUCGUUUCGCAAUGACGUAACCUACUUUUACGGCUCUCUUCAACGAAGUGUACUUUUUUUUUUUCUUCGAGGGAAAAUUUUCUUAGCUUGUUUCUUUGUUGUAUGUUUUGUUUGUUUUCAUUCUAAUUUUCUCUUCCUCUUCCUCCUGUUUUUCUCCUUCUUUUCUCUUUUUCUUUCUAUCUUUGUUUAUUGUCUGCUUUUUCUUUUUUUCAACUUUCCCUUUGGAUUCUUCGCUCCGGUGAAUUUUAAUGUUUUCUUCUUUUUCAUUUCAUUCGUUCCUCCUGCUUAUCGUAUUUUUCCUUUCUUCAUCUUUGACUCCUUCUUUUUUCCCUCCCACUUUCACUCACAUUUUAUCUUCUUUUUCCAUCAUUUAAAUUGUAUUUCUCUUUUCCUCUUCCUUUAUAACUUUAUUAAUUUUUUAAUCCCUCCUCCCCUUACAAUCUUUCAUUCUCCCAUCGUAUUUCUCUGUCUUUAA